AUGAAGCCUACGCGUUCGAAGAGCAGAAAAGCUCUCGCCAUUGGUGCUGAGCAAAGCAAUGCAGCCCAACAAGAAGAUAUUUCAGAAGGGCAAGAGCCCCCAAGGACUCAGCCCGCAAACGAAGAGGCCGUAGCACGUAUGGCCGAGUUUGAGAGGCUUCCUCCCAAUUUCAAGCUUCCCUCAAUUCCAUCUUAUGACGGCCGGGGUGAUCCCGAGGAUCAUGUCCAUGCCUUCAUCUCGGCCUUCCGCUUAUAUUGCAUCCCUGACCCCGUUAUAUGCCGAGCCUUCCCAGUAUUCCUCCAGGGGACAACUCGAAAAUGGUUCUGGGGAUUAGAACCUAAGAGCAUCUCAACCCUAGGAGAAUUGGUGGAAAGAUUUCUCCACCGAUUCGUCUCUUCCCGACCUACGACCAGGACCUCGGCUUACUUGCUGAACGUGCAGCAGAACCCGGGAGAAUCACUUCGGUCGUACGUUCAGAGGUUCAACGAAGAAAGCGUCCAAAUACCUGACCCUAAUGAGCAGGUCACCAUUGCUGCUUUCACCCAUGGACUUGUGUCCGGGGUAUUCAACACGGCGAUCCACAAGAAGUAUCCCCGCACACUUCAUGAACUAUGGUCGAAGCCGGUCUCGGGUGCUGUCCGUGAUGGAACAAAACAAUCUUGGAAAGGCACCUCCCAAGAUGUUCGGCCGCCGGAUAAAAGGAACUCGAACCUCUACUGUCUGUACCACCGGGACAUCGGGCAUGAAACUGAGGACUGCAACGAUCUUAAAAAGGAGAUCGAGAACCUCAUCAGACAGGGCCACCUGAAGCAGUUCAUCCGCCGAGGUGGAGGGUACGGACCCAACAUAGCCGGGGUCAUCAAUACAAUUGCCGGAGGUCCGACGGGAGGAGAUAGCCAGAACUCCCGGAAGAGGACCGACAGGCAGGCUAACCCGGAUCCGGCUGAGUCGAGUUCUCGUCUAUCCGAGGUGAUCACUUACGGGUCUAGUGACCCCGUCUCAACUGCUUCGAGCAGUCAUGAGGCCUUGGUGAUUGAGUUGCUCACCAACAAUUAUAUCGUCAAAAAGGUCUAUAUUGACCCGGAGAGCUCGGUGGACGUCAUGUACCUCCGUACGUUUGAGAGCCUCAAAUUGGCCCGGGAUCGCAUGACCCCGGUAAGGACUCCUCUUGUAGGCUUCGGGGGACAUGUUGUGCAUCCCGAAGGGAUGGUGACCCUGACGGUAACCGUGGGAUGCCACCCCCGUUGCCGGACUCUUCCUGUCAACUUCGUCGUGGUAAAGGCCGACUCCCCGUACAACCUCCUCCUAGGUCGGCCCAUGCUUAAUGCUCUGCGGGCGGUAUAUUCUACCUACCACCUGAGCUUUAAGUUUCCUACUCCCGCGGUUGUUGCCGAGGUCAGCAGCGACGUUUGUGCUGCCCGAGAAUGCUACCUCGCUACUCUACAGGCAGCCUCCCCAUCUACCUCCAGUGCAAGGUCCGAAAGGGGGUCGGACAUUCUCUCGAUUGACUGCAUCUACCCUCAACAAACGGUGAAACUCCAGAGGCUGGAAACCGGAGAUGAGGUGGAAGAUAUUCCCCUGGAUCCCGUGAAUCCGGACCAAACGAUCCGCGUCGGUAUCUGUUUGCCUGACUCAAUUAAGGAAGGGAUGGUGAGUCUUCUCAGAGAAUACCGGGACGUCUUUGCUUGGGCCGCAGAUGAGGUCGAAGGAGUCCCGCAUCACCUCAUAAUACACGAGCUCAAUGUUGACCCGCAAGCACGCCCGGUCAAACAAAAAAGGAGGCACCUCGGCCCUGAGCGUAGCCAAGCUGUUGGUGAAGAGGUGGACAAGCUCCUACCUGCAAAAAUAAUCCGGGAAUUCCAAUAUCCGACUUGGUUGUCCAACCCGGUCAUGGUCAAGAAGGACACAGGAGCCUGGAGGAUGUGCGUCGACUUCACCGACCUCAAUAAGGCCUGCCCCAAAGACUGUUACCCCUUGCCCAAGGUCGACACUUUGGUGGACUCGGCAAUGGGUUAUGAGGUCCUCUGUUUCCUUGAUGCCUUUAAAGGGUAUCACCAAAUCGGAAUGAGUCCAGAGGACCAGGAGAAGACGGCCUUCUACACUGACCGAGACACCUAUUGCUACGCCACCAUGCCCUUUGGACUAAAGAAUGCCGGGGCCACGUACCAACGCUUGGUCAACCAAGCCUUCAAAUCUCAGAUCGGGCGAAAUGUCGAAACCUACGUGGACGACAUUCUCCUCAAGAGCCAGACGACCUCUUCCUUCCUCUCUGACCUGAGAGAAGUCUUUGAGGUCCUACGGAAGACGCGGAUGAUGCUGAACCCCAAGAAAUGCGUCUUCGGGGUCACUUCGGGAAAAUUUCUUGGCUACCUCGUCUCGAGACGGGGUAUCGAAGCAAACCCAGACAAGGUGAAAGCCAUUCAAGAAAUGUCUCCACCUCGGUGCAUCCGUGAUGUCCAGAGGCUGACGGGGCGGUUGGCCGCCCUGAAUCGGUUCUUAUCGCAAUCAGCUUCCAAGGCAUUGCCAUUUUUCAAGGUCUUAAAAAAGGCCGACGGCUUCUCCUGGACCGAGAAAUGUCAACAGGCCUUCGAACAACUGAAAGAAUAUCUCCACCACCUCCCAACACUCACCUCACCUCGUCCAGGGGAUAAGUUAUUCUUGUACUUAUCUGCUGCAGUCGAAGCGAUAAGUGUCGUGUUGAUAAGGGAGGAAGGUGUACAGAUGCCCGUUUAUUAUGUCAGCCGAGUCCUCCGAGGUCUGGAGACCAGAUACACUCAGGCGAAGAAGCUCGUGCUGGCCUUAAUCCAUGCAGCUCGUAGGCUUAAGCCCUACUUUCUAGCCCAUCACAUAUGCCUGAGCACUGACCAACCACUUCGGCAAGUAUUGUCACGGCCAGAGGCUUCUGGACGCCUCACCAAGUGGGCUAUCGAGCUGGGGGAGUACGACCUGUCUUACGAACCUCGCGCAGCAAUCAAAGCUCAGCCUCUUGCGGACUUUCUAGCCGAGCUCACCUUUGAUAAAGUAAAGGAAGCCAUCCCGGCUCCUGCCGAGUCCCAACGGUGGAUCCUACAUGUGGAUGGCUCGUCUAACAGUGAGGGUAGUGGAGCAGGCUUGCUCCUCGAAGACCCCCAAGGAGAAAUAUGUUCAUACGCUCUGAGGUUUGACUUCGCUGCUUCCAAUAACGAGGCUGAAUACGAAGCUGUCAUUGCCGGCCUGCAAUUAGCUCGUAAGCUUGGGGCCGCGCACAUCUUGGUCUAUAGUGACUCUCAGCUCGUCGUGUGCCAAAUACUAGGCGAAUACGAGGCCAGGGAAGAGGCGAUGCAUCGUUACCUCUCCAAGGUCCUCCAACUGGUGACACACUUCGAGUCUUUUGAAAUCCAAAGAAUACCGCGGUCACAGAACAGGAGGGCAGAUGCCCUCUCUCGGCUCGCUUCUACCUCCUUCUCUGACCUGAACAAGACGGUUCUUGUGGAAGUCUUGGCCAAGCCAGGAUAUGUGGGGGAAGUUGUAUGUCUCAUUUACCCAGGGGACACCUGGAUGGGACCACUGGUUCGAUUUCUCAGCCGAGGUGAACUUCCCGAAGACCGAGCCGAAUCCCGGAAACUGCAACGUAAAGCAGCUCGGUACGCUCUCCGGGGCGAUCUCCUGUACAAGAGGUCAUACCUCGACCCGUGGCUGCGAUGUAUUACUCCGGAAGAAGGGGAGAGGAUCUUACAAGACAUUCAUGGAGGACUCUGUGGUGCUCAUGUUGGCUACAGGAUGCUCGUUAAAAAAGCUUUGCUGCUCGGAUACUUCUGGCCCACCAUGAGGGUGGAUGCCCAGGUCAUGGUCCUUAGCUGUCCUUCUUGCAAUUUUGUAUAUGCGGUGGUGGCGGUGGACUACUUCACCAAGUGGGUUGAGGCCGAGCCUUUGAGAAGCAUUACCGGAGCAGCAGUUCAAAAAUUCUUCUGGAAGAGCGUCGUUUGUCGCUUCGGCCUACCCCGGGUGAUCAUCUCGGAUAAUGGAAGGCAAUUUGCUGAUAACCCUUUCAAGACGUGGUGUCAAAACCUGGGAAUUAAACAGCAUUUCACUUCGGUAGGACACCCUCAAGCUAACGGACAUGCCGAAAACUUCAACCGCACUCUCCGCCAUGGCCUCAAAACCAGACUACACCGAGUUGGAUCGUCAUGGGUGGAAGAACUCCCCAGCGUCUUGUGGUCUUACAGGACCACACCGAGAUCGGCAACCCAGGAAACCCCGUUUUCUUUGACGUAUGGGUCUGAAGCUGUGGUUCCAGCCGAGUUCAUAACGCCGAGCCUGCGGAUGGCCGCAUAUGCUGCCGAGGUCAACGAGAAAGAACGGCGAGUUGACCUCAACCUCGCCGAGGAGAAACGUGACAUGGCCGCAGCCAAAGUUGCUAUCUACAAAAAUAUCCUAGCUGGUUAG